AUGACAAAAAAGAUUCAAUUUAAAGGGACAACAGGCCAAAGCGCAACACGUUGGGAAAAAAGAUGGAUAAAUGUCGGACAUAUGAAACUUUUAAAAUGGGUACCAACAAAAAUAAAGAGACCAACACCAACACAAGGUAAUGUUAGAAAAGAAGGUGGAUUAACAACUAGACAAACACCUUCACAAAAUAUGGAAACUAGAUACACAAGAUCAAAUCGUAGAGUUAUUGGUGAUAAAAAGAAUGCAGAACAUGAUGAAGCAUUUGAAAUGAUGUAUUUAAAUAGUUUACCAAAAACAAGAAGAACCACUAAAAAGAUGGAUUUACUCCAAAAGAAACAUUUACAAGAUGCAGGUUUAGUUGAUACUGAUUUACAUGCCUCAUCUGCUGAUGAAAAAUCCUCAACACCAAAUAAAAUAAUUAAAACACCUCCACCAAAAAGAGCACCAGGUAGAGUUAAAUCAAUGUUAUCACCUUCUCAAGAUACAGCAAUGUCAAAUAUAGGUUCAGAUAGUGAAUUAACUUCAAAAUCAAAUGAUGAACAAGAAACUGUUAAAAGUCCUUCAAGAAAUUCUAGAAUAACUCCAAAAAGAAACAGUAAUACAGGUUCAUCAACUCCAACAACAACAACUACAACUACAACACAAACACCACAACCAACAACAACAGCAUUAAACACUCCAACUACUACUACUACUACUACUACCACUACACCAACUACAAAAUCAAAAACUAAUUUAGAUGAAUCAAUGGAUGAUAAAGAUAGUGGUGUCAGUGAAGACGAAUCAAAAAAAUCUAAAAACAACAACAACACAAAUAAUACCGAUAAUAAAAAAGAUGAAAGUUUAAAUAAUAAUAAUAAUAAUAAUAAUAACAAUAAUAAUAAUAGUUCAAAUGAAAAAAUGGAAAUUGAAUCAUCAAAUAAUUUAGACAAUGGAAAAAAUAGUGAAUCUUCUUCAAACUUUUAA